CACAAAAUACACAAACAAAGCAAGCAGCAAGCGAAAUACAAGUGGUUGGUUUCCUUUGCGGGUUAGCAUAGGGAGAUUAAUAAGCCGAAUUUAAUGUGAAACGAAAUAAUUAAAACGCAGUAUGCGUUCGUGAAAAGAACAACAACAUUGACAUACAGUACAAGAAAUACAUUCCGCGUAAAAGAAAAUACAGACGACGGCAACGAACGAUUCUCAAAGAGGCCAAAGACCGCAAUCAAUAAUAAGGAAAAUUGUCAUUGCACUUUGUGCUGCUGUUGAGCCGAAUUAAAACUGAACAAACAUCAAACAUAUUAAAUUGCAGCUGUCGCUGUUCCCUCGCUAGAAGAACUUAAAAGGUCUUUUUGAUUUUUAAGUCAUCAUGUUGUCACGCCUGCAAGACUUUCUGUCACGCCAUCGUCGUAAAUUCAUUGUAACUGGUGUCCUAGUGGGUGGCGCCAUCUAUGGGGCGCGCUAUGCACAACGCAAGCUUGUUGAGUAUCAGGAGCGACAGGCAAGAGAAUUCUUUGAGCGCACACGACGCAUGCAUCACUUUGAGUCGACGGAACGCACCUGCAACCAGGUGAUACUCGGCAUGGGCGAGGAGAUGUGCCAGGCUGUGUUGCAUGAAUGCAGUACAGACGAGUUGCUUGAGCAGCUGCGACAGAAUCCCAGCAACAAACUGGAGUUGUGGGAGCAAAUGAAAAUCGUUUCAUUCACACGUCUGGCGACGUUUGUCUAUGCCUCAUCAAUGCUGGUGAUUGCGUUGCGUGUGCAGCUCAAUCUGCUCGGCGGCUACAUCUACAGGGACAUUAUGACCGAGCAGCGACAAAUAACCGAUGAAUUGAAGCAACAGUAUUUGUCCCUGAUACGUCAUUUCAUUACGGACGACGGUAUACGGGAUUUGGCUCGUUUCAUACGCACCCAGGUCGUUGAAGUGCUCAAGAACAUGCCGCUAACGCGACAAUUGACAUUGGCGGACACCGAGCAAAUCUUCUGGUCCCUCCAGAUGGCCAUCAAUGGCGACACACGACACGAUCCCAAUUCCAAGAUGACCAAGUACCUCCUGCCGGAUCUGAGUCGACUGCAGCAGCGCACCAACUGUUCGCCGCUGCUGCAACAGAUGUACAACGAGACACUGGACAUGCUGGAGAGUGAGGAUUGCGUUGGCGUCUGCGUGCACAAUGUGAGUCGUGGCUUUGUGCUCAGCUGCGAUGCCAUUGCCGAGUCCAUGGGCGAAACAUUGCAGCAUCUGGCACCCGGUGAAUUGCAGCAGCAGCAACCUGGAACGAGCAGUCCAAGCAGCCAGAGCAACAACAACAAUCUGCUGAAUGUGAAUACAGUGUUGCUGGCGCUGGCCAAGCUGAUACCCAUCAUCAGUGGACUCACAUCGCAUGGAUAUGACAGUGCGGCGAGGCCGCACAAUUUGCCCACACAGCUGCUCAGCUUCUAUGUGGUGUCGGAGAAGUCGAAAAUGCUGGGCGCCAAUGUUUACGAGACCUUCAGCUCGGGAUAAGAGUGACGAAAUAUUUAGUAACUAGAAAUAGUUAUAGAUUAAGCUUAUGUUAUAGACGUGUAUUUUUAAAUGGAACAAAACGCGAUCUUUCGAAAAACAUUGCAUAUAUGUAUUCUAUAUGUCUAUAUCUAAUAUGCAUAAGUCAUAGCUAACGUAAGCGUAUUUAAACAUGCAACGGUAUCUGGUUUGCGAAUUGCAACAUACUCACAGAACGGGAGCAACACGAAAGGCCUUUCACACAAUAAAUGUAAAUGGAAAAGUUGAAGAAAAUUAA